AUGACAACAGUGGCCUCACAUUCUGCAAAGACUGGCCCCGGCCAGCAAGCACCCCUCCCCCUCAUCCCUGACGAGCUACACUCCGCGUCGCACCAUAAUCUCACCUCCCCACUGGAGCGCCGAGGCACCCGGACCACGCAGUCGACCCCGAUGCACAGCCGUGAGUCUUCGGGGGUCCGGGGCAGAGCAGCAGAUUCCUCUGCACUACCCCCCACCUUACAACCCCGGCGUGGCCACUCUGGAUCCAAAAGCCCCGACGUCGCGCGUCCUCCAGCUGGAUAUGACAUGGGACUGGAAAGGCGACCGUCCAACUCCUACGGCCACCAUCGCCAAACUUCGAUCGUGCAUGGCAUGCAGCAUUCACGCAACCCAAGCAUGGCUGGCUCGAAUACCUCAGCAAGCCCUCUGAGCCCUGAAUUGAUCGCCUCCCUCGGCCGUGGGGGCUCCUUUGACGAAGGAAAUCGGCCGGACCUGGUCGAUGCCCACCCAACCUAUCAAGCAUCCGCCGGGAUGACGUUGAGCCAUCAUUUGAGUACGAUCCAGGACAAUGACACAGAGGAAGCCAUGGUCGGCAAUCCGGCGAGCGUGGCUCACCGACGCAUUCACUCGGGAGGCAAAGACAAGCGCAAUCGAUCCCACAGCCGCUCGCACUCGAAGCACCAUUCCGAAUCCAAAACGGUCGGCGAGUACGCGCUCCAUCACCUGUUCAACUCGUUUGUCGGUCAAGCCGACAGCAAAAUCAACCAGGCCAUCAUGAAGCUGGGUGAGUCCGAUGCUCCGGUGGAGGAGGUUUGUGGCCCUGGAGCAGACCCGACGUUUGACCAGUUGAUCUCGGCCCUUGGACAUAUCGCUCGCCAGAAGCCAAAGCCCUUGAUCGAUACCAUCAUGUUUUGGCGGAAGGCCAAGGGAGAUGCUGCCAUCACGGCGAGACAGAUUACGAACGACCAAUCCAAGCCAACUGCCACAGAAAACGGGUUGAUUCGCCGCAACACCGAACCGACCCAGGUCCCCGGAGAUCAUAAUUCGACAGCGGACCGUGCGCAGCAAUCCACACCCUUCCUUGCGCGUCACGAUGAUAUCGCGCUGGUGGAGAGACGGGCGACGGUUUCUGUCUAUCUGGUCUGUCGUGUUUUGAUCGAGAUUUUCAACCAGAGUAGCCUGGCUUCGAUCACGCUGGAUAUGGCCGAUCGCCUGGAAGAUAUUGUCUUUGGCCAGCUCAAGACGGUCGAUCCCGAACAGAUUUCAGCAUCACCACUUCGGAUGGCCAAUUGGAGGAUCUACGGCCAGCUCUUGGGCAUCAUGAGCGAGGGAAAUUUCUCCAGCGUCACCAACCGCUUCAUGGCCGAGCUCGAACGCUUCCAAAAGGACGAGACGGUUCGAGGACCAUCACGAGAAGGAGAGGCCAAGGCGGAGCUGCUGAUUCUGGGGAUGAGGUAUCUACGGAUUCCGACAGGCCCCGAAGGAUGGAGUCGAACGUGCGAUUUCAUGAGGGCGUUGGCACGCUUGUUCGUCAAUGCCCACGGGCAACGCAUCAAACAAGCAUACUGCUAUCUGAUCGAGAAACUCCUCCUUCCCGUGGCGGCUAACCCGAACUGUGACCUUUCGCUCCCUCGAUGGAAGGAAUUCAUCGACCUAGUCCAACCACGGUUGGCACAGUUGUUGACCAAGCCUCGCCACUGGGCUUCGGCGUUCUCUUUGCAUGUCCUCAUACUCUGUAUCUCGGCCAAAGAGACAUUUACCUCCCAGUGGCUUUCAACGAUCCAAAGCUUGCCACCGCGCCUGAAAGAUCGUCCCACACGUGGACCGGCACUGCAUGCCGUCUGCCGUUUGGUUUGGACAUAUUUCUUCCGCUAUUCCGAUUCCCCAAAUACCACGCUUCGCAGAGUCGAGGAAGUGGCGAAGAUCGUGUUGCCCACCGGACGAAGGACAUACUUGAGCACCGAGCCUGCUGUUGCCGACCCGUUGAUCCAGCUGAUUCGAAUGAUUGGGUUCAAGCAUCCUGAUGUUUGCUUCCGGAGCAUCAUCUUCCCUCUGAUCAACUCGGAUCUGUUUUUAUCUGGCCGGGAAUUGAAGAUUGAACAAAUGGAGCCGGAGAAAAUGGUCAUUGGCAUCCGUGCCUUCCUCGCGAUUAUGUCAGACCUGGAGAAUGGUGACCAGCUCUGCCCUCCAAUCCUAACUGGAUCAGUUCCGAAUCCCUUCACGGAUGCUUCAGCUCCCAUUAACUUCCACCGGCCACAUUUGCUCGUUGAACCCAAGGCGGCGAGCGCUACCGAACAGCCCGACCCUUUGUCAUGGCAACCAGUCAACACCGCAAGGCUCAGCGACAACGUGAGAGAAUACUACGUCCGGUUCUGUGAGGUGCUGGGCAAAAUUACCCUCUUGUGUGACAACGCGUUUGGAGGCCAGGCUGCCCUGGAUGAGAAAUUUGGCGGAACUACCCCCAAGACUCCCAUCUCGGAAGCAUUCGGCUUUGGGCGACGCGAUGACCAUAUCACCACCUUGGACCAAAAGCAAGGAUUCUACGACCUGAUGCAUGUGGCUGUUCAAGCCCUUCCCCGCUGCCUCUCCGACCAUAUUCCCUUCAACUCUCUCAUCAACCUUCUUUGCACGGGAACGGCCCAUGUUCAGUCAAACAUUGCUACAUCUUCAGCGGAGUCGCUCAAAGCCAUUGCGCGGCAGUCACAUGCCCAGCAAGUCACAAUUGGGUUUGCACGAUUCAUCUUCAACUUUGAUGCCCGGUAUUCCACCAUGUCUGAUGAAGGAAUGCUGGGGCCGGGUCAUAUUGAAUCCACAUUACGACUUUAUGUCGAGUUGCUUGGGAUCUGGAUCGAUGAGAUCAAGCAGAAAACGAAGGGUGCCGCCUUUGAACAACCCGAAAUGUCUGUUUCGGGAAACCGUGCUCUGCAUCUUGACCUGUCCAGCGUCCUUGCCCAUGUUGAGGAGAUUGAGUCGCAUGGCCUGUUUUUCCUAUGCUCACAGUCCCGAAGAGUUCGGGCGUUUGCUAUCAACGUUCUUCGUCUGAUCACCGAGUUCGACAACGCGCUGGGCAAGGAGAACACCAGAAUCAUCCGAAUUCUCGAAGCUGACUCCCAGCAAAUUCUGGACGUCAACGACGAGCAACUCACCGUUGCGGAGCGCAGUCGAAUUCAAAAGGGUAAGAGGAGGAGUGCUUCUAAUAACACUCUGAUCGAACUAUGCAGCAGUGAGGUUUCCUACGACUCUACGCUGUGGGCCAAAGUGUUCCCCAAUAUCAUCCGAGUCAGCUUUGAUACCUGCCCCUUUGCUGUGACAUUGGGAAGGGAAAUUGUGUGUGCACGACUUGUUCAGAUGCACAAGACCAUUACUUCGUUGGCAGAGAGCACCAGAUUUCCGCCGUACAACACUGCGGAGGGAUACCAGAGCCGCCCCUUGGGCAGAAGCAAUAUGACUGCGGAGAUUCUGAUCGAGCAGUGGAAGCUCUAUCUGGUCAUGGCAUGUACCACCGUUACCAGUGUGGGUGCUCAAUCCCAGAGCCAGUUGGCAAACGCUCAGCAUGCACGCAAAACCUCUAAGGGUGCCCACCAGUCUCAGGACAAGAUCAGCUCCGCCCGAAGUCUUUUUGCUUUCGUUAUCCCCUUGCUUUCUGCCGAGCGAGACUCCAUCAGAAAUGCGAUCGUUGUGGCCCUGGGGUCGAUCCACAAGAAUCUCUACCGCACUCUUCUGGAAUCCUUGCAGUACGCAGUGACUACCUGCAAUGAGGAGGCCAAGAUUAGAAUUGGCACUCAUUACCGCACUCCUAGCAGUCCUCGACGAAACAGGAAGACCGACCGGCUGCGAACCGAGGUCACCCAUGUCUACAAGCUCACGUCGCACUUCCUCCAAGAACCGGAAGUCUACAACGACGACUGGAUCGUCAACAACCUUGUCACAUAUGCCAAAGACAUCAGGAUUUUCCUCAGUGAUGCCGAGGUCCAGAAUGACUGGGAGUUCCAACGCUUACGGUUCCAUUACUGUGGGCUGAUGGAGGAGCUGUUCGAGGGCAUCAACCGUACCAAGGAUCCAUCUCGCUGGAUGCCCUUCGAGUCUCGCAAAUCUGCGUUCUCUCUGAUGGAGGAUUGGUGUGGCUAUUCUCCGAACCAAGCACAGAUCUCCGAAAGAGAAGAGAACAUGCGCAAGUUUUCCGUGGCUCAGCCACAGGAAAGUGGGGAGACGCGUAACACCGCUGCUGGUAUGGAGAUUGAGAAAAAGAACUUGCGGGCUGCCGCUUUGAGUGCCAUGGCAUCUCUCUGUGCUGGCCCAAUUAGUAUCACAACCGAGAGUGGCUCUGUCCUUCAAUUCGAUGUCGGCCGCAUGCUUUCAUGGAUCGACAUCAUUUUCAACACUGUCAGCGACAAGUGGCACUCGAUCGGUCGACGGGCCCUUAAGAACUUGAUCAUUCAUAACAAGGAACACACCUACCUGAUGGAGCGAUCAAUCGAGAUGUGCUAUGUCACGGAACGACCGAAGGCCCUGGAGAGCUACUUCGAGGUGGUGACUGAGGUACUCAUUGAGCAUCCAGAUUACAACCUGCGAUUCUGGCGAAUUUUGGGAGCCGUCUUGGUGACUCUCGGCAAUCAAAAGCGUGAGAUUCGCAUGAAGUCUGCUAAGCUCCUCCGGAGACUCGAGGAACGCCAGCAGAAGAGCUCCAGGAUUCAAGACUUUGAUAUCAGCAUUUCCGACAAAACUACGGCGGUGUACAAGCUCGCUCAGUUCGAGACCUCCAAGCGACUGGCAAAGCAACAUGCAGAUCUGGCAUUUACGCUCUUCUCCGAGUUCUCACUGCACUUCCGAAACCUUCGACCAGACAGCCAGCGGAAUAUGGUUGCCGCUAUUCUGCCCUGGGUCCAAACCAUGGAGCUGCAGGUCGAUUCGAAUGGAGGACCAACGGCCAAGUCGUACAUGCUUCUUGCGAAUCUCUUUGAAAUUACCAUUCGCUGCAGUACUAUCCUGCCGAACCAAGUGCAAGCAUUGUGGCAAGCCCUGGCGACCGGCCCCCACGGUGGGAACGUACAACUGGUUCUCGACUUCAUUAUCAGCCUGUGCCUGGAGCGCAAGGAACAGAACUUUGUGGAGUACGCCAAGCAAAUUGUGGUCUUCCUGUCAGGCACUCCCGCCGGGUCGAAGGUCAUUGAGUUCUUUCUGAUGCAGGUCAUGCCCAAGAAUAUGGUGCAAGAGCGCAAAGAUAUCACCCUUGCUCCUCCAGACACCAAGACUCUUCCUUAUGUUGCGGACCUAGGCACGGUGCUCCCCGUUGGAAACAAAUCAGCAGGUCUUUCCCUUGGUCAGGUAGCUCUCAUAUUCCUGGUGGAUCUCAUGGUUGCUCCCGUUACCCUUGCCCUCAACGAUGUGGUCAAACUUGUUCACGUCGUCCUCAUCCUUUGGGAUCACUACACCGUCACAGUGCAGGAGCAGUCUCGUGAGAUGCUGGUCCACCUGAUCCACGAACUGGUCGCAGCAAAGCUUGAGGAUGAUGCCCCCACAGACGCCCGGCAAUCCAUCGAGGAUUUCGUCGAGUCAAUCCGAAAAAGCGACCCCGGCGUUGUUUGGGAGUAUGAAGAGAACCAUGGCAAGGAGGAGGAGGAGGACGAGGACCGAAGUGUGCCCAGCGCCAUGGCAGCAGUUUCCCGGAUGGUGGUCCAGUUCUUCGGCUUUGCCUACGAGGGCUUCGGCGACCUGUGGGCGAAAGAGGCUUUGAAUUGGGCCACCUCGUGUCCCGUGCGCCAUCUCGCCUGCCGCUCAUUUCAGAUCUUCCGCUGCAUCUCAACUUCGUUGGAUUCACGCAUGUUGGCCGAUAUGCUUGCUCGACUUUCGAACACGAUCGCUGACGAGGAGUCGGACUACCAGACGUUCUCAAUGGAGAUUCUCACUACGUUGAAGAUCAUUAUCAGCUCCCUGUCACCGUCGGAUCUGUUGCACUACCCUCAACUAUUCUGGACGACCUGUGCUUGUCUGAACACGAUUCACGAAACUGAGUUCAUUGAAAGUAUUGGCAUGCUCGAAAAAUUCUUGGACCGGGUCGACCUGAGCGACCCCGUCGUGGUGACGCAGCUAAUGGAGAGCCAACCGCCCAAGUGGGAGGGCGGAUUCGAUGGUCUCCAGGACUUGGUUUUCAAGGGUCUCAAGUCCUCCGAGUCUUUCAACCGCACAUUGGACCUUCUUCAUGGUCUAAGUGGGCUUCCGAACAACGAACUCAUCGGAGACGGGACUCGGCAAUUGUUCACUGUACUGUCCAACCUUCCCCAUUUUCUGCAGUGUUUCGAGCAGGACUUCAGUGACCCCAAGCCUAUUAUGCGGGCUAGCCUCCUGGCCCGCGUGGCGGAGAAUGAAGGGUGUCCUCGCCUUGCGGCGUCCCUGUUUGGGUUCGCGAACCAGCAGUACAAGACGGCCGGCGUCUUUCUGGACCACAUCAUCACCGAGAUCAAGUCGUACUAUUUCCCACAAUUGGAUUUCCAAUGCCUAAUCUUUCUCAUGGGUCUUUUGACCAACUCCACGGAUUGGUUCCGAGUCAAGACGAUGAAGAUCCUCUGUGUCUUGAUCCCCGAGGUGGAUAUGCGCCGUACAGAGGUCACCUGUCAUGGUCCUGAUCUGAUCUCCCCGUUGCUGCGACUUCUCCAGACCGAUCUCUGCCCUCAAGCCCUGGAAGUUUUGGAUCACAUCAUGACCGUCGCUGGCAAUCCGAUGGAGCGCCAUCACCUCCGGAUGAGUAUGGCUUCGGCUACCUCUUCACGGGCUAUCCGUAAAGAGUAUGAGCGGAUUCAAAGCCUGUACGGCAUUCCUGAGCCUACGGGCUGGUCGGUCCCCAUGCCUGCAACCCAGUCCAGCCAAACGCGAAAUAAUGUCCAUGCUGUGUUCUACACUUGUGCCGAGGCCGAUGACAUGAGCGCCGCAGAAACCAUGACACCCGACGUGGAAUUCUUCCGCGCGGACGAAUACAGCGACUCAUUCUUCCCCAUGCGAGCCGAUACCAUGAAGUCGAUUGACACACAGACGGAUGGCAACAUGGGCGAUAUUGUCCAAAAGCUAGAUAGCUUGGACGACUUCUUCGACGAGACAGAGCCGACUGGCCCGGCCCUUCACAACAUUGCUCCUCCCAUGCUCCGUGGGUUCACCGGCACUUACGUGGACACCAAUGCACACCUCUACGACCAGCAGACCGCCCCGAUUCUACGCAAGUCGCUUGCUCGGACGGGCUCCACCUCUUCCUUCCAUAAUGGCCUCGCUGAGUCUCGGCCUCCGAAUUUCCGCUUCGAGAGUUCGCACUCUACCGCGACGGCGCCCUCCAGCUCCUCCACCCAACAAACCAUACACCCUGUCUCCCAUAUCCGGUCUGUGACUUCACCGGCCAACAAUCUCUUCCCUCACGUUCCUACCAUCAACACCAGCACUCCGCUGUUUGGCAUGCACGACUCGGCUUUCAUCUCGGACGACGAGAUCGACGAAGCCCACUCGGAUGUGGACGAACGCCCGGCCACCGCUCGCCGGAUUGCGGCGCAGCACCCUCCCAUGGUCCGCAGCGCGACAGACGGCUCGCACUCGCUGGAGUCGAUGAUCCGCAGCGGCAUGCGUCGACUCACGGGUGGCACGGCGACGAACCGGGAGAAGGAGCGCCAGCGUGAUCUCUUGCGUGUCCAACAGCGCGCGGUUGCGCAGACGGCUAACUCGCCGCGCGUGCCCAAGGUGCCGCAGGAGUAUCUGUCGGGACCAACUAGUCAUCCUACCAGUCCGCGGUAG